CAAACGCUCCGCUGUGUGGCACGUGACUGAAUGCGGAAGUGCACGCUGUGUUUAUCAGAUGUAAACAGCAGCAAACCAACAUUAAGCAGCUAACUUUAACAUUUAUACUAGAACAACCGACAGCCAAACACUGAUUAUGAGCGUGUAACCCACAGGCGUCUGAUGGCUGCUGAGGAUCGCUCCGAGACAGAACCGUCAGGAUGACCGUCGUCUGGCUGCUGGACGGCUGUGCGCUGCGUUUGUGCCACAGGCCGGGCCGCGCGUCCGUCGCCCUCUCCUCGUCCCCGCUGAGGAACCCCUUCAGAGCCAGAGAGCGGCUGAGCUGGAGGCCCGGGCGCGGCCGGAGGUUCUGGUUCUGCAGGGUCGCACCGUACGCCAACAUCUCCGCCUUCAGCACGUCUGCGCGGCAGGGGGCGGCGGAUCUGAGGUAUCGCACGUCCCGUCUGCGCGGCGCUCUGGAGUCGGCUUGGAAAGCGGUGAGCGGGACGCGAGCGGAGAUUCUGUCCCGACUCAAAGCGAAAGAGACACCGCCUCUUUUAUCACAAGCCCCGCCCUCCACACUUCCUGCUACGCCAGCUAACAUCCCAGAACAGGAGGAGAAUGGAGUGACUGGAGCAGCUCCGCCCACUGCACCUCAAGCUGCACCCACUACACGUCAAGCUCCACCCACUACAUAUCAAGCUCCACCCACUGUGCCACAGGCUCCACCCACUGCAUAUCAGGCCCCACCCUCUUCCCUUGUUGCAGCUAAGAUUCAAAAACAGAAAGAGUGUGAUGUGGCCAGAACAGCCCCGCCCACUACACCCCAGGCCACGGCCACCAACCAAACCACGCCCCUUUUCCACCCGGGGUCCCUCAGCGCUCAUCUGGGCGAGACCUACGACUAUCUGUCUCAUCAUAUCAACUCCUACUUCAGCAGCUUCACUAAACCCGAUCACAGCGCCGCUCCGCCCGCGUCGCCUCGCCUGGAAACCUCCUCGUUCUCUCUCGGGAAUUACUUGAACUACUCGAAGCCGAGCGUCCAAGCCUUCGUGGGAAACUACAUCAGCCCGCUGGUGCCGCGCUUCAGAACGGAGCCCAGGAGAGUGUCGACGGAGGCGGAUAAACCUGCUGCUGAUGGGGAGCGCACAGAAGCGCCCGAGAGCAAAGAUCCGAGCGCUGCGGAGGAGAGGGCCAGACGCCUGCAGCUCCAGAGAGAGAAGAUCGUGGCGCGGGUGAGCGUGGACAACCGGACGCGGGCUCUGGUUCAGGCGCUUCAGCGGGCAUCAGACGUGCGGCUCUGCGUCCGGCGGGUGGAGGAGCUCAGUCUCCAUCUGCUGGAGUUCCCGGAGACACGCUCCGUGGCCGUCAAGGAGCAGGUGAUCCCGCGUCUGCUGCGUCUGCGUCAGGCGGCCGACGAGUCUCUGCGGGCCGCGGUCCGGCAGGCUCUGGCUCUGGUGGGCUUCAUCGAUCCCGUGAAGAACCGCGGCGUCCGGAUCCUGUCCAUCGACGGAGGGGGAACCAGGGGUCUGCUGGCUCUCCAGACGCUGCGCCGCCUACAGGAGCUGUCGGGGAAACCCGUCCACCUGAUGUUCGACUACAUCUGUGGCGUCAGCACAGGUGCCAUACUGGGCUUCAUGCUGGGCGUUUUACACAUGCCGCUGAAGGAGUGCGAGGAUCUCUACAGGACGCUGAGCUCCGACGUCUUCAAGCAGAACGUGAUCGUGGGAACCGUGAAGAUGAGCUGGAGCCACGCCUUCUACGACAGCCAGAUCUGGGAGAAAGUGCUCAAGGAGAAGAUGGGCUCGGACCUCCUGAUCCAGACGGCGCGUAUCCCAGACUGCCCCAAGGUGGCGGCCGUGAGCACGGUGGUGAACCGCGGUCCUCCGGUGAAGGCCUUCGUCUUCAGGAACUACACGCUGCCGGUCGGGGUGCGCUCGCAUUACCGCGGCGGCUGCCGGCACAAGCUGUGGGAGGCCAUCCGAGCGUCCUCUGCGGCUCCGGGAUACUUCCAGGAGUUCGCUCUGGGAGACGACCUGCACCAGGUUUGAGCUCCACACUAACGUUCAUCCAGAAACACACAGUCAGCACCAGCCGUCUGGAGCCGCAUCACAUGAUCACGAGUCAG